AUGAUAUCAACCAGUGAUUCAAUAACUAAUCAAGAUAAUAUUAAUAAUCAUUCUAUAAAUAUACAAAAUAAACAAUCAGAUAUUGAUCAAAGUAGAAAUCGUGAUCCUAAAUAUGAAACAAUUAAUCAAUUAGCUAAAGAUACAUUAAAUAUUGAUUUGCCAGAAUCACAAAAUUCAACAAAUCGUGCACUUUUUGUUUUUUCAAAAAAUAAUCUAAUACGUAAAGCAGCACGAAGCAUAAUUGAAUGGGGAUAUCCUUUUUCAUUGAUUAUUAAUAAUAAGGAAGUUAGCGUUAGUAAUAAUCAUGCUUUUUUUCUUCUAUGAAAGUUAAAUUUUUAUUGUCGGUAUAUCAUCCAUAGAUUGUUAAGAAUGUUGAAAUGAAUCUAUUACUUUCUAAGUGGCAACUAUUUACUCAUGAUAGAAAUAAGUCAAUUUUCAGUAGUUUAUAUCAUGGAUUGAAUUUUGC